UCGAAAAAAGAAUGUAAACAUCGCGCCGAAACUUUUUAACUUUUAUUUUUUAAACCGUGAAAAAUGUUGCCAGUAUUUUUUUUAAUUUGCGCGAGUUUUGCGAAUGCGGAUUAUUUUGCGAAUAGUAUAAAUCAUAUGGAGUUUUACAGGAAUAGGACGAGGCCCUCGAAGGCGUUUUCUAGUUUUUCCAAUAGUUAUUUUAACCAGAAUUUGUUGCAAAGGCCCAGUAAGGUUAAGGUGCAGUGCGGGACUCGAACUGUGGACUUUAAUCCUAGAAGAAUGGCGAAAAUUGUUGGUGGAACUGAAACGCCGUAUGGAGCUUUUCCUUGGCAGGUGGAAAUCCAAAUGCUGGACUCCGAGAAGCUGAUCUUCGAACACCAAUGUGGGGGCGCUGUCAUCGCAGAGAGGCUGGUUCUUAGCGCGGCACACUGCUUCGACAAACACCCCCUCCAAGUGGAGAGGAUCCGCCUGGUGAUGGGAGAGCAUCGUCUGAACAUCCAUGAUAAGCACGAGCACCGGUUCCUGGUGGAGAAGGUGGUUCCUCACCCGGAGUUCAGGAAAAACGGACCCCACAGCAACGACAUAGCCCUCAUACUCGUAGCGCGCUCCAACCAAGUCCAGUUCAACUCCCACGUGCGCCCUAUAUGCUUACCCGACGCUGGUACAGAGAGCGCUGGGCGCUGGUGUGCCGUCACCGGCUGGGGUUAUCAAACAGAGAGCACAGAAAGCUUCGCCCCCGUCCUUCGCGCCGCGGCUGUACCAGUUCUCGACUUGGCUACUUGUAGAAAAGACCAGAUCCUAGGCGGAAGGCAGCAGGCGAUUUUAGACUCCAUGAUUUGUGCAGGCAUCCUCUCAGGGGGCGUCGACGCCUGCAAGGGUGACUCCGGUGGACCCCUCGCCUGUACCCAAGGGGGUCGGUGGCAGCUGCAUGGCGUCGUGAGUUGGGGGUCAGGAUGUGGAAGACGGGCGAGACCAGGGGUCUAUACUAGAGUGGCAGCUUACGUUGAUUGGAUUACUAAGACUGCUAGCUCUUUAGGUCAUAGAAUAUAAAAAAAAAAUAGUAGUAGAGAUGACACAGAUUUGCGACGUUCUUAGUGACUUACCUACGUCAAAUUGAUGACAUUUAGUAUGAGACAAAAGAGGAUCAAGUAUUAUAGAGAGUUACUGUCAAAGGAAAAUGUGUAAUCACAGUGC